AUGGCUGUCUUCGUAUGCUUUUGGUCGAAGGCUAUCCACCUCGAGGUCGUCUCGGACUACAGUUCCGAGGCCUUCAUCGCCGCCUUACGCCGCUUCGUUUCCCGCAGAGGCCUGUGUACGGACGUGUACAGCGACUGCGGCACGACGUUCGUCGGCGCCGAUCGCACCCUGCGCGAGCUCUUCAAGGCGUCAUCUUCCGAGGGCCAUCACAUCGCUCGCGCCGCCAACAAUCAAGGGAUCCGCUGGCACUUUAAUCCGCCAGCGGCCCCUCACUUCGGUGGUCUGUGGGAGGCUGCCGUAAAAUCCACAAAGUUCCACCUCCGUCGAGUAAUCGGCGAAACCACCCUCACAUAUGAGGAGCUUAGCACACUCCUCACGCAAAUCAAGGCGUGUCUUAAUUCUCGUCCGUUGCAGGCUUUAUCAGACGAUCCGGACGACACUUCGGCGCUCACACCAGGCCACUUCCUCAUCGGGGCGCCACUAUUAGCCGUACCUGAGCCAUCGUCGACUGGUCAACCAGCAUCCACACUGUCACGCUGGCGUCAUCUCCAAUUGAUGCGAGACCAUUUUUGGCAGCGUUGGUCAGCGGAGUACGUGCACGGCCUCAACCCCCGCACCAAAUGGAUAUACUGCACUGAUAAUUUCUGCACAAAAAGUUUCAUAAUUGUAUGAAUGAUCUUCAUGAUUAAUACGACAAAAAUGCGCAAAUUUGUUUCUUUUUCACGUAGUCUCUCGUUAUAAAAUGCUUGAAAAUAUUUACUUGUAUUUCUUUUAUGGACUAAUCAAAAAUUAAUAUUUGCAAAUUUACAUUACAAAGUAUACAAUUGCUAUUUGAGAUAUAGCUACAAUAUAAUAUAUGUCAUAUUAUUUUGUUUAAUUAUAUUAUAUUAAAUUUCAUAUUUAUAAAAUAAAUUAUAAUUAAUGGAUACUGCAUUUUAUGCACAUAUUCAUUGAAAAAUA